UUAUUUGUUCGUCUUGUUGAGGAAUGAUGUCUUUGAAUCUCCUAUUAGUGUUUUCCUUUGGAUACUUUGCUGUUCAAGGUGAUGAACACAUUCUGUCCAGAGUUCGCCGAGUAAUUGGAGGAGAAGAUCUAGAGGAGGGAGAGGCUCCGUACUUAACCUUUGUCGGUGGUAACUUUGAGAACAUCCGCAAAAAGCGCAGCAUAUUCUAUUCCUUUCGUCGGAGGACUACUACCACAACUACGACCACCACUAAGAGACCACCCCUCGGGGAACCAGAACAAUACUGUGCUGGUAGUCUGAUCAGUGACCGAUGGGCAUUGACUGCAGCCCACUGUUUCGAUGGGAAAACUCAAAGUGGACAGAGUUUUAAAGAUCCAAGAUUGUGGAAAGUGAAGAUAGGAUCUGUGUCAUUAAAUGAUUUACAGGAAUCUAGGGGGCGUUCGUGGAUUGAUAAACUGAAAGCAUUUAAAGCACGAUGGUUUAAAAACAAUGGAGCCCAAGAUGGAAAGUAUGUUGGCCUCGAAAGAAUAAUUAUUCACCCUGAUUACAACGAAGAGAAUCCCGAUGAUAGGGGGGACAUUGCGGUAGUCAGACUGGAAGAAGAUGUACAGUUUGGUCCAAAUGUUCAAAAAAUUAAACUAAACUCGGACUCCAGUUAUCCGCCUGAUUGGUCGUUGUGUAAAGCUCAGGGAUGGGGUUGUACCAGAGCAGAUGGGCCUAGAAGCGACAUAGCACGAACGGUGACAAUGCCUAUAUUCGAUUCCGAGAGUUGUGCGCAAACAUUUGACAUAAAUCUUAAUAUUUGUGCUGGAUACUUCGACAGGGGACGAGGCAUUUGUUUGGGUGACAGCGGAGGUCCUCUUCUCUGCAAAAGAGACGGGGAACUUGUUCAAGUCGGAGUCGCCUAUCUCGCAAACCCACAAGAUCCGGCAAAUAACCCUUCGAUAUACGUGCGCGUGUCGUCCUAUUUGGAUUGGAUAAAAGGACAGACUGGAAUAUAACAACGUUCUGACGCUGUUGUCGUUGACAUGCUUACAAGAAUCUACUAAUCAACAGUUAGUAGAAACACCGACUCAUCAUCUCUCUGGACUUUCAGACACACUAUGGAAUCAUUUGGUGGCAACCAAUACAAAUAAUAAAGACCAUGUAAAAAGCAUACUUGUCCUGAAAUAUUUAAUAUAAUUGUUUGAAUGAUGAUAAUAAAGAUUGGAUUUUUCAUUUUUGAAUACAGUAUUUGAAUAAAUAUUAAAGUUUACA